AUUUCAGGGGUGCUCCACACCCACUGUGGGGCCUCCAGGACCCUGUCAGCUUCUCCACCUGUGCUUCUCAGAGAGCCGGGAUUGAUGGCUGCUCAUGGCAGGUAAGGCUCAGCAGGCUCCGUCAGAGCCCAGGGCACACUCAGGGUGAUGGACACCCGUACCCGGCUGUUCUCCCAGUCCAGCAGCGCCGUGGGGAUGCUCCCGAGCAGCACGACACAACUGGGGCACAGUUAAUAGGCACAUCCAUCAGUUCACCCACCGUGGAGACACGAGGGAAGCUCUGACAGCCGUGCUCCACCGUGCCUCUCCCUGCUGCCCUUCACUCCGGGCUGCCAAGCGCCGGCGCAUCCCAAUUCCUCACACAAGCACGGUCUGGCCACACACUGCCCCAGGGCACUGUCACCACCUCUUUCCACCUUCCAGCCCUGCCUUGCCCCCUCCCAGCCCCCUACUGCUCAGCCCAUCGCUGUUCCCAGCAGCAGUGCCAGUGGGAUGAGCUCUCCCGGUGUCCCUGCCCCUGCCCGCCCGGACACCGCGCCCUGGGCACCUCAGAGUGGGGUCAGCGCUGCGGAAAACUUCCAGCUUCCCACGGCACCUCUCCCUCCCUGAGGAAGGGCACCCAAAUCACCUCCAGCGUCCUGCUGACAGUGCUGCAGCUCUGGGCUGCUGCCGGGGGGUGCAGCCAAUCGAUCCCUGGCCCGUGGCAGGGAACAACUUUGCCGUGCAGGGAGGAGCAGCUCCCCGGAGGAGGACGUGGGGUUAUCCUCACCCAGCCUCUGGGGGUCAAAUGCAGCCGUAGGCAGAGGGGAUGGGGGACCCCUUGGCACUUGCGGGGUGCUUGUUAGAAUGAUGCUGGCAGAACCCUUGAGGAGAGCAGAGGAUCACAGAGGAGACCCCGUGGGACACAACAAAGGUUUGCACAUCUUUGCCAUCGCCUUCGCCUUGGAGGUGUCGGUGGGGAAGACCAGCACGGUGAUGGCUCUGAAUAACUCCAAUAUCCUGCUGCCCUGUACCUUCACCACCUGCAUAGGCUUCCAGGACCUGGUCUUCACAUGGUAUUUCAACUCAACAGAGCUGAUUUACCACGGCAAGAUAAAGAACAAAGCCACGGAGCCCACCCUCAUCUGGCACAACCCGCGGGUGGAGUUUGUCGGCUCCACCACCAAGAAGGACAACAACAUCUCCAUCGUGCUGAACAACGUGGAGUUCAGCGAUGCUGGCAAGUACACCUGCCAUGUCAAGAACCCCAAGGAGAGGAACGCCCAGCACAACGCCACCAUCAUCCUCACUGUGGUCCAUAAGAUGGUGGAGACAGACAACACUGUGACAGUCAUCAUCGUGAGCGUGGUGGGGGGGCUCAUCGGCCUCCUCAUCCUCUUCAUGCUCAUCAAGAGGGUGGUCCUGUUCAUCAUCAAGAAGACGCAGGACGGGAAGAAGGAGUGUCUGGUGAGCUCGUCAGGGAACGACAACACCGAGAACGGCCUGGCCGGCUCCAAGGCGGAACAAAAAGCACCACCAAAGGCAUGAGCGAAGCAGCGGCGCCCCGCGCCCGCCCCGCUCCGCCGCGGGAGCCCGGGCACGGGACGAGCCUUCCCCUUUUGUUUUCUUUCCGAACUGCCAGCGCUUGAGACAUGUUUCUAUUACACACGUGCCUGCAACCUGCACUGCUUCUCGGAGAAGGCUGCGGCUGCCGGGGGGACUGGGAGCUUGUCGCGGACUCGGGCUGGGAGGCUGCUGGGGCGGAGGGAGCCGCCGGCUGCGCUCUGAGCGCGGUGCCGGGCAGGCAGGGCAGGGGGCCGGCUGUGGGCACCGGGGGGCCCGCUGGGGCGUGGGGUGGCACGCUGGGUGCUGAGCUGAGGUGGCUGGGAGCUGCCUGCUGCAUCCAGGAGGUUUCUGGAGCGGGGCAGGGAUGCUCAGAGCUGGCCGUGCAGAUGGAGUGGCGCAGGAGGACGGGAGGAAGCAGGGUUGUGAUAAGCACACUGGAGAACCAAAUCAGUGACAGGCCCCUGGCUGUGCCUCGGUCCCCAGCAGGGCUGGGGGGGCUGGCCCAGGGUCACUGCUGGCCCGGGAUGGGGUGAGGUGCCACAUUUCACCCUGGCUUUGUCCCCGCGCAUCCCUGGGAGCGGGGGCGCUUCUCCCCUGCAGCCAUCCCGGGAGCGCUCCCUGGCUUUGUGCUGCCCCCUCCCCUCUCUCCGGAGCUCGGCACUCGCAGCAGCGAUGCUUUUGAUGCUGGUGCCAAGGCUGAACUCGCUACGCGGAUGUUUUUGUACGAGAUUCCAGGGGGAAAGCAGCCAAUUGCGUUUCCCUUUCGCCGUGGCUUCCAUGUCCACGCAGGGAGGGAGCACAGCCGAGCCCUGGCGAGGGGAGCCGGGCCAGGGCUGUGCCCGCUGGGCAACCCUGGGCAAGUUGCUCUGCCUCUCCAUGCCUCAGUUUCCCCAUCUGUAAAAUGGGAAUAAUAAUACUGCUCUACCUCACGGGGUGGGGGUGAGGUUUCCUUGGCUAUGGUGAAGUGUUCUGGGAUGAGGGGAGCUGCAGAAAGCCAGGGGGUCUUUGUGAGUGGACUCACAAGGAUGUGGAGACACAAAGUGUCUAUGAGCGACAAUUCCUUUAAAUUGUGAUUUGUUCCCUGUUUCUGCAAUUUGUGGGUGUGUGACAGUGAAGCUGCAGGACAGGCAGGUCCCCUGUCCCCACAGUAAACUGGGAUUCACAGCUGAGCCAUGACUUGCUGUGAGGACUUGUGCCCUGGCAGAGGUGCUGGAGUGGGAGGUAGGCGAGGAUUUGGAGGCCAAGGUGAACAAGGAAAGGCUGGGUGCUACUUUCUCUGGAGAUGCUGGUGCACAGUGGGCUGGUCACCCCCGGCUGGGCUCGGGGCACCCAUUGGAGCAGGGCCGUGUGCUCGGGACAGGGGACAGGUACUGGCACCUGGCCCCAGGCAGGUUCCCUUGGCUGUUGAUAGGACAGGCAAGUGGGAAACAGGAUCCUGAUCUUUUCUCUGAGGCUCUGGGGACCUCUGACCAAUCAUUUGACCUCUCUGUGCUCUGGUGUCCCCAUCUGUGAGCUGGGGCCGGUGAGGCUGAGCUGCCUCUCAGGAGGUGUGAGGUGCCCUGCACGGCUCUGCCACAGUCCCGGGGUGGAAGGCACGCUGGUGCCAGGUGUUGUGACACGCCACUGCCACUUGUGAGAGCCCGGGAGGAGGGUGAGACCUCCCAGUCACCCCGAGAGACCCCCGGCCCGUCCUUGGAGGAGCCCUCCCGCGGGGGAGGACAGCGAGGCGAGGAAGGGAGUUUUUUAAAGAACUAUUUUUAGCUGUCCUAACCUGUUGGCCUUUUUUAGCCGGCGAGUGGACGCAGCUCCACUUCCCGCCGGGUAUGCAAUGCUGCACUAUGCAUGGAUUACUCCUCUGGCUUGAUGGGAAAAGUCCACAUAAGCAGUUUUAGGAACGUAACUCCAUGUGCACACGGGUGCUCCGGGGGAGCGGGCUGCCUCGGGGGCUUGUGCCAGCUCCGCUGGGGUCCCUGCUGCCCCCGGGGCUUUGGGGGGGCUGCAGAGGCUUUCCGGGGCGUUUUGGGGAGGGGGCCCCCCCGGGGGAGUGUGCUGCCACAGACACGUGUGUGUCCAAGCAAAUGUAAAUCUGCGUGGGAGGAACCCGCGUGUAAGCACAGGGUGUGUGUGCCGGGCUGUGUGACGACUUACAGCACAUCUUUGCACUGUAGAGGUUUAGUUAGCUUUGCCUUGAAUGAAAUAAAGUUUACGUU